GAACUCGUCAACCGGUUCAGUUCGAGAUCUGGCAUCGCGGUCGACGCGUCCGUCAUCCGAGAAAAUUAGUCGACGAUCGGCGAGAAUCGAGCUAGUCAUUCCGAGAUAAAGAAGCGUUCGGAUUGUCAACAUGCAGAAGUUUCCGCUGCUCGCGUUCACCAUUGGCGCGUUUUUCGUCGCGCAGUUCCCGAGCGGUCGGAGCGGCGAAAGAUUUCUUUUACCAGGUUUAUUAGAAUUGCCCAAGAACAACAACAACAACACGGAAAACACAGACGAUCCGCAGUCGUGUCGACUCGCCAUGGCCAAGACCAGCUGCGCGACCUCUUUGGAUAGGUGCGAUUACGCGAUCACGCCGGGCAUAGGAGCCCACAAGCUCCAUAAACGCAAGAUGACGUGGAACGAAGCUCGAAAGAUCUGCAUAAUGGAAGGAGGUCACUUGCCCCUGUUAAAUUCCGCGAAGAAGGAAGCCCUGUUCAAAAGCUUGAUGGCUAAGAACUCGUUGAAUGCCGUCUGGAUAGGUUUUCACGAUCUGUUCGAGGAAGGCUCCUGGACCACCGUGACGGGCGAAUUGGUGGACACGAUGAGCUAUCAUCCGUGGGCCAACGACGAGCCAGACAAUUGGAACAACGAACAACACUGCGGGAUCCUCUGGGAAAAGUUCAAGGACGGCGGGGUCGACGAUUACAAAUGCAGCAACACGGUCCCGUUUAUCUGCGAAAUCGAUUUGUGUCCUCCUUCGAAUCCCCUCAUUUUUCCCAACGAAGGCGCGGUAGAGCUGCAUUAACGAGACGCGUUUAAAGCACGAUCGCGUUCGUUUUGUAAUAAAGAUAGUAUUUUUCUAAUAAAAAUAGGUAGUAAUAAAAAUAUUCAGACGCGAUAGCGAUGUUUCGUUCGUCUGCGAAAUCGA